CCCAGGUGCCCGGAUGCGCCAGCCCGGCCGCCAUCUUCCCCGCUCGGCUCAGGGACCCGCGCCACUCGCCGAGCGCCCGCCCCGCCGCAGACCCCGGCCCGCGCCGCCGCCGCUCCCGACAUGUCGGCCCCUGCUGCUGUGCCCCCCGCCGCUGGAGGAGAAGGGGGUGGCCCCCCACCACCACCCCCCAACCUCACCAGCAACCGGAGGCUGCAGCAGACCCAAGCCCAGGUGGACGAGGUGGUUGAUAUCAUGCGGGUGAACGUGGACAAGGUGCUGGAGCGGGACCAGAAGCUGUCGGAGCUGGACGACCGAGCCGACGCCCUGCAGGCCGGCGCCUCCCAGUUCGAGACCAGCGCCGCCAAGCUAAAGCGCAAGUACUGGUGGAAGAACCUCAAGAUGAUGAUUAUCCUGGGGGUGAUAUGCGCCAUCAUCUUGAUCAUUAUCAUUGUUUACUUCAGCACUUAAUGGACCCUUGGAAGCCAAAGCCCCCCCUCCCUCCCCCCAAAGGAGCUGCGGCCGGGAGAGGCGCGAGGGGCUACGACCCCCCCCUCCCAUGAUCUCAGCCAUAUCUUCCAGCCUCCCCCUCCCCCUCCCCCUUUCCCCCCCGGGCCUCCCCGUGGCGUGUGUGCGUGUCUUGCGGUGCGUGUGGCCGUCCUGUAUAUAGGCUGACUUAUUUAUACAUAUAUAUAUAUUCUAUAUUUUGUCUGUUUGUAGAUUUAUUACUAGAUUUCCAGCUGUCAUGGAUCCGCCCCCCAAUACCUGCUCCCUCCCCCCCUGGUGUUUUCAGUGUCUAGUGUUUUAAUUUAAAUAUUUUAAGGACCAAUCCCCCUUCCCCAAAAAUAAAAUAGGGGGAACCCAGAAGCCUGAGAAACUCAAGCACCCACCCCUGCCCUUUCAGAGUGAGGCCGGGCAGCGCGAGCCAGCCGCCCUGCCCCAGAGGUGGCUGCAUCUCAGCACCUGGGCUAGGGGUCCCUGUGUAACCAGCCUCCCCGCCCCAGAGGUGGCUGCAUCUCAGCGCCGGGCAAGGGGUCCCUGGCUAAACCAGCUGUGCCCCCCCCCCCCCCCCAGAGGUGGCUGCAUCUCAGCACCUGGGCUAGGGGUCCCUGUGUAACCAGCCUCCCCGCCCCAGAGGUGACCGCAUCUCAGCACCUGGGCUAGGGGUCCCUGUGUAACCAGCCGCCCCACCCCAGAGGUGGCUGCAUCUCAGCGCCGGGCAAGGGGUCCCUGGCUAAACCAGCUGUGCCCCCUCCCCCCCCCAGAGGUGGCCGCAUCUCAGCACCUGGGCUAGGGGUCCCUGUGUAACCAGCCGCCCCGCCCCAGAGGUGGCUGCAUCUCAGCGCCGGGCAAGGGGUCCCUGGAUAACCAGCCGCCCCGCCCCAGAAACGGUUGCAUCUCACACCACGUGGGGCCGGGGGUGGGGGUGUCAUGAGUUUCUUUACCUUCCUCUUCCCCCCCGCCCCGACCCUGUGGGCUUUUGUAACAUUCCUGGAGCCCACUGUGCAGUCUGUCUUUGGGGGGAGGGGAGGGGGCUGGGGGUUGAUCUUCCUGCCCCCCCACCUCAUGUUGGGGAGGGGGCAGUGCUGUGUCACACCCCCAGCUCUAAGCCCUUUAAGAGUCUUAAAGUGGGGGUUGCAUGGGGAAAGGGGGGAGCCCCCAAAUCCACCCCUCCCCCAUGGCCCAGCAGUUCCAGCUUCUCUCCUCUGGGGAUCUGGGGGUGGCGGGAUGGGGCCAGAGAGGCCCCAAGGUGGGGCAGGCUGGCUCCCCAUUAACUGUCUGGCCCCAGAGUGUCCCCCACCCAGCAGCAGGGCCCAGGCCUGGCUGGGGAAGGGGGGCUCGGUGAUCCCAUAGCGGGGAGGUUGGUUAAGUCUUGUCUAGGAGGGGGGAAAGAAGCUGGCGCAGCCCAGAGCCAGCGACUUCCCGCUCCCCAGACAGGGUGUGGGCACCGAUGGGGCAUUCCCCUCCCCCACCCCCUAGUGGGGGGGUUCCCCUGGUGGCCAGCAGGGGGUGACCCCUGAGCUGCUCUGCAAUGGAGGAAGCAGUGGGAAGGGUACGAUUGGGGGGUACUGGCCGGCCGGAUCCCCCCACCACCCCACCGGGACCCUGCCCGGCUUUGCAUCCCUGUGUCGUGUGAUGAGUGACCCCCACCUUUCCCUGCCCCAGCCCCUAGAGUCAAUCAUCUGUAGCAUUAAACCUUCCCUGAUAGCCCCAUAGCGUUAAACCUCUCCCAGCUCCGAGACAGCCCCAUAGCACGACCCCUCCCCCCGCCAGCCCCUAUAGCACGAUCCCCCCCACACCCACUUAGGAGACGUGACGUGUGACUGUGUCCCUCGGGGGGGGUGGAUCGGGGGCCCCCCUGCCAGCUCGGAGGGACGUUGGUGCAGGGUCCCCUACGAUGCCUGUUUUGGGGGGGCAGCCUGGUGGGUCCUCUGCUCCCCAUCUGGAGGGAACGCGGGAGCUGAGGACCUGGCUGGCUCUGCCCCCCACCUGCCCCCUAUGAGGCUGGCUUGGCAGUGGGGCGGCCGGGGGUGCCUUCAAGCAGGCUGUGUGGAUUGUGAACUGCUGGGGAAGGGGGGGGGGGGGCAGAUCCCAGGCUGUGUUUUCCCCAGGCCGGGGGGCAGGUGUCACUGCUGCCCCUCGGCUUUGGGGGUGCUGGUCCCACCGUGCCCCACAGUGGGACCAGCGCCCCCGAAUUCUAAAGCCAUCUGGGAUGGGAGUGGAGGGGGGGCAGGGCUGGCUGGAUUCCCCUAGACGCAGCCGGAGGGAGGCGGGGUCGUUCUCCCCCACCCCCCACGUGCUCCCUGGCAGGCGGGGGGCGAGGCACCGUGUGGAGGGAACGGGGAGUGACUUUAUGCUGUGAAAAUGUACAAUAAAUAAAUGUCCUGUGAAGAACGCCCAA